GAUCUUUGUGUACCGUGCAACUCGUCACAAAGGCAACAUUAGGUUUUUUCCACCUCUAGCCAGCUCUUUGAACUAGAGGAGGCUCGAGUCUUAACCUUGUUUGUGUGUGUGUGUGUACCUGGGAAGCUUUAUUCCUCGACUCAUACUGUGUCCAUACGCAGGUGAGCUCAAUAGUCACGAGAACACGUAAUACAUUGUUUUCAUUAUCCGUAGUAGAUAGUACGCUGUUGACUUUUCGGUUUUCUUCUGCUUCGUCUUUGCCGACCACAGUUCAACGGUCAGUGCUGCUGGUACGUAGGAAUCAUUCUACGCUUCUGCUGCUUGGAUCUGGCGUACCGAGGGUCGCUGCUUUGCGUCGUGUAGCCGCCUCGGUUGUGUGUUUGUACCCCUCUCUCCCUCUCCCUUCCCUACACGCACUUCUGUAGCCAUGUCGGGUGGUCUCGGAGGACAGGGGCAGUCGAACAUCGGCAAGGGCUUUGGCCCGACGUCGUUUAACUGGCACGGCUCCGUGCCGACGGCGAUGGUGGACAACAACUUUACGCCCAACUUCCGCCAGUUUGACUUCUUUUUAGAAAACAACGAGGUGCCCAACGUGGGUGUCGUCGAGCGCGUGUUCAAGCCGGCGGACGGUGAGUCCCACUGGAACCUGAACACGGUGCUCAACACGAACGCGCGCUGCACGCCGGUCCUCGUCACGAGUAUUUUUGGUGCCGCCUUUGCGAACUUCCUGUACACCCGCUUCCUCAACAAGACCGGCUCCUCGGUGCGGUGGUCGUUCUGGGCGUGCUUUGGGGUGAUGGUGGCGUGGAACAACUUCACGAAGUACGUGGCGCGCGAGCGGUACUUCCAGCGUGACUUCCAGCGCAACCAAAUCUACUCCCACGACGAGGUGCGCUACCAGCGUGAUCAGCAGCGCGUGCGGGAGGCGCUGUACGAGAAACAAUUUGUGACCAACCCUGUCGCGGAGUACCGCAUCAAGACGUGGCAGGUGGCGGACCGGUUCGCGUAG